UUUAGCUGUGAUGUGUGUGGAAUAGAAACAGCAAGACAGAGAGAGAGAGAGAGAGAGAGAGAGAGGAAGAGGGAGGGAAAGAGAGGGGGAGAGAGAGAGAGAGAGAGAGGGAGAGCAAGUCAGCCUGCUUCUUUUGACUGAGCGAUUUGAUGGGAAAAAUAAGCUCGCUAACAGACUGAACCCGGAGAGGAAAUAAUACUGAUAAUCGGGGAAAGGAGCAGGAAUGAAUUAAAGCCCAACCGAUGGGAGCGACAGCAGGGGAGAUGGCCACCAUCACAGGAAGAGGUGUGACAAGGGACUGAGAUGAAACGGGAGAAGAAGGACAAGGGGUGAGACGUGAAGACGGCGCAAUGAAAACCCGAAGAGAUCCCCUAGGAGACACGGAGUAAAAACUUGCGGAGGAUGGGACCAAGAGGCUGAUGAGGGUCCCCUGUUUGUCAGGAGAGGAGCAUCGGUACAGCCCCAGUCUUUCCCAUUGAAUUUGGCUCGCUCCCCGCAGCUAGCUUGCCAGGUAGAUCACGUUUGCCUGUCCUCUUUACAAUGGGCAGGUUGGCAAAGUUGCAGGGGUCUUGCGACGAGCAGCCAAUCCACAAUGUCAGGAAUAGAGACGUUAGUUUUGUAGCAAAUCAACACGCCAAAUAAACAUGGAGCCAGGCUCGAUUUCUGGGUGUCCUAUACUGCCCGUGAUGGGAUACCAUGUUUCCAUUCCUCCUUGCUCCUGAGGAUGAACUGACGAUUUAAUCUGCCUCAAGGAUCUUUCCCUUGUCUUCCCCCACGGAAGGCUUUUUGGAAAGCUACCUGAAUUGUGAAACUUGCAAAGAUUAGCUGUGAAUGAAGAAGUCGGCUUGGUUUUCUGGUACAUAAGCUAAGGUUUUGGGUAGCCAGUGUCAUACUGCUUGUUGGUCAGCAUAUGUGUGUGAGUGUGUAUCCGUCCCCAUCUCCUAACACGGCCCACCUUGAAGCGAGUAGAAAGUGAAGAGGAGCACGCCAAGGAUAAGCUUGAGAGGAGUUCACAAGCAAGGCUGAAGCAAUCAUGCAGUCGGACGACCUCUUCAUCCGCAAGUUCCGCCGACAGAGUCCCAGGCCCCCCGUAGCAUCGGUCAGCUUCGACCCCAAGCGUGACAGCGGUGUUCGGACACGGGUAGCUGAGUGGCCUCCCAGAAAAGAUGAGGAUGCGCCGGAUGGAGAGAGCCUGACAACUAGCCGGAUUGGGUUGAACCUACGAGCCUUGGGCCGGGGUCACAUCAUGCAGAGGAGCAACAGUGACGUCACGCUCGGGGAUCUGGACUCCUCAGCUAAAGGAGCAGGGAAGGUAGCCAGAGCAGGAGCUGAAAAGGCUGGGUCAGGAGAUGCCAGGGUGCUGGGGGACCCUGGGAUGGCACUGCACAGGGAGUACGGCAGCCUCUCCUCCCUGGAGCGGCAGACACAAGCCCAAGCACCCAGCAGUGAGGAUCAAGGUCCACUUAGCCCUGCUUCUCUACACUUCAAGGACCCUUUCCUUCUUCUCGGGCUGCAGAAUUCCGCCCCGGAUCCUGAAGGCUUUUUCCGGGGGCUUUCCACCCCUGCUGUGGUGGACACCACAAAACCGGUCAAGCCUCCUAAGCCGGAGGUGCAAAGCAAGAAGUCUAAACCCACCCCUCCUCUGGUCCCCCAGACAGUUCCUGUUGACAACCUGGGAGGAGGUGCCUGGGUGCGCAACUUUGCGCACUAUGAUGUGCAGAGCAUCCUGUUUGACCUGCAGGAAGUGGCGUCGAGCAGAGACAGCAUCGGCCGCAAAAAGAACAUCACCUCAGGGGCUUCAGCAGCCUCCCAGUUGCGACCCCCGACCCUGGGGGGCCCUCCCUCACCCUCUCUAGGAGGGAGUGGAGCUGGCAGCGCCGAUGACCCAGAGCAGUUGCUGCUGCCACUUGAUGAGGGCGACGGCAACGGCAAUGACCUGCUCCUCAGCUGUCCACACUUCCGGAACGAGAUGGGUGGCGAGGAACGGGCAGGCCUUGGGCGGGCACGAGAGCCAGGGGGACUGCGGCCAAGCCUGCAGUGCCCCAACGAUGCCGUCUCUGUCCUGGAAGAGCCUAAGGAGAGCCAUGUGCAACAACAGGGCAAGAGCAACUUCUUCAUUGAGUUUGCUGACCUGGGAGCCCACUAUUACCGCAAGUACUUCUACAUGAAAGACCACCAGAAUUUCUUUGGCAUGGAUGACCGCCUUGGACCGGUGGCCAUCAGUUUCCGCCGGGAGGAGAAAGAAGGUUCCAGUGGUGCCCAGUAUAAUUACAGGAUCAUCUUUCGUACCACAGAGCUGAAGACCCUCAGGGGAUCAGUCCUGGAGGAAUCGGUGUCCUCGGCUGCUCGCCACACCACCCCUCGUGGCCUCUCCCCCAAGCGGCUGCUGGAGCACAUUAUCCCAGAGCUGAACCUGCAUUGUCUGCGGCUGGCCUCCACCUCGCCCAAGGUCCGGGACACCUUGCUGAAGCUGGACGAGCAGGGGCUGAAUUUCCAGAGGAAGGUGGGGGUGAUGUAUUGCCGGGCCAGCCAAAGCUCUGAGGAAGAUAUGUACAACAACGAGAACGCUGGACCCGCCUUCGAGGAGUUCCUGGACCUGCUGGGCGAGCGCGUUCGUCUGCGAGGCUUCGAGAAGUACCGGGCCCAGCUUGACACCAAGACGGACUCCACGGGCACCCACUCCCUGUACACCCGGUACCAGGACUACGAGAUCAUGUUCCACGUGUCCACCAUGCUCCCGUACACAGCCAACAACACCCAGCAGCUACUGAGGAAGAGGCACAUCGGCAACGACAUCGUGACCAUCGUCUUCCAGGAGCCCGGCGCCCUGCCCUUCACACCCAGAGCCAUCCGAUCCCACUUCCAGCAUGUGUUCAUCGUCGUCCAGGUCCACCACCCAUGCACUGACCGCACCUACUAUAGGGUGGCCGUGACACGCUCCAAGGACAUUCCGCUGUUUGGGCCGCUGUUCCCGAAGGGGGCACGCUUCCCUCGCUCCACGGCAUUCCGGGACUUCCUGCUGGCCAAGGCCGUGAAUGCGGAGAACGCUGCUGAGAAGUCCGAGAAGUUCCGCUCCAUGGCCAUGCGUACGCGGCAGGAGUACUUGAAGGACCUGGCAGAGAACUACGUCACCACCACGCCCAUCGACUCCUCCACCAAGUUCCCCUUGCUCUCGCUGGGUGGCAAGCGCAAGGACAAGCUGAAGGGAGCCAAGGGGGCGGAGCUGCACAGUGCCGGGGCCCUGGUGUGGGCAGUGACGGCACAGGGGGACGGCAUCCUUGGGCAGAGCUCGCCCUGUCUGCUGGGCGUGUCCGCCGAGUCAGUGGUGCUAAUCGAGAGGUGCACCCGAAGGGUGGUCUUCAACUGCUGCUGCCGUGACGUGAUUGGCUGGAAGGCGAUGAUGGAUGGCGGCGGUAGGGGCGGGGCUAGUCUCGAUAUCUUCUACGAGAGGGGGGAAGUUGUGUCGGUCAGCGUCCCUGAGAGCCAAACAGAGGACAUUCGGGAGGUGGUGCAGAGGCUCGAGAUAGUGACCAGAGGCUGCGAGGCGAGGGAGGUGAUGCCGCUGCGUGACGGAGCAGGGCAGCCCGGCUUCUCUCUGAGUGAGGAAGGCUUUGUGACGGACCUCCAGCGGUUUGGCUACGCCGACAGCGGGGGCCUGCAGCUGGCCGACCGGGUGGUGCGGCUGUGCGGCCAGCCGCUGGUGUCCCUGGAGGCAGAGGCCAGGGUGUGCCUACUGCGAUCCGCCCCCAAAAUCCAGCUCACUGUCAUCCCGCCGGAUGAGAACGGCAAGCCGCGCAGGAGCUUUUCCGAGCUGUAUCAAAAGGCCAUCCAGGAUGCAGAGCGCAAGGCGGGGGAGGAGCCGACCGGGGAGGCCUGGGUGCUGGACGAGAGGGAGGAUGAGGAGGAGGAGGAGGAGGAGGAGGAGCAGGAGGAGGAAGGGGUGGAGGGUGAGAAAGGGGAUGCGGAGCCUCCCGAAAGCAGGGACGACCCACCUGUGGCGACAGCACCAGAGGAUGGACAGCGGGGAUCCCGACCAUCCUCUCCAAGCCUCCCCCUUGUACAGACCACCUCGCUCCAGGACCAGCCCACCACCGAGACCCUGGAAGUCAGUACCUCCCCACCAUCACGCAGCUGCUCCCAGGAGAGGCACGGCACUUACCAGGACUCUGGCGAUGGGCCAAUGAGCGAAGACGUGGACAUGGGGGCGGAUGAGCCAGCCUACGAGAAUGUUACGGAGCUACGCGACGCCACGCCCGACCUCAUCUUGGCGGCCAAACCCAAGGUGCCACUAGACAGCCAGGAGCAGCAGAUGCAGUCUGUAGGGCUGGAGGAUCUACCCUCGUCCAGCGACCCCUCCCAGUCCCCAGGAGGGCUCACUGGCCCGGAUAGAGCCGACCGCAACUCCCGGGCCCUGAGCCUACACAACUCCAUCACCAAGAUCCUGUCGGAGACGAGUGAAACCUCUGGGAAAGACUGGCAAUCCAUCGCGGAUUUGGCCACAGCCUGUCGGAGUAUCCUGGAGGCCUUGUCCCGAGAAGAUCGUAAAACAGACGGCCCAGGGCCUGCGGAGGGCGCUAAUGUUCCAGGACAGAUGGAGGCUAAGCUGAGAGACAUAAAGGAGAGCAGUGAUUCCCCAGGACAUCUGGAGGAAAAGGUUUCCCAGCUAGAAGCCAUGCUGAAGAGACUUCAAGAAGACCUGCAGAAGGUAACAGGCUUCGUGGUUCUUCAGCCUCAGGAUGGGGGACUGUUGACGAGAUUUUUUAUGGAGAAGGAGGACAAGGCGGUCCUCCAAGCGGAGGUGCAGAGCCUCCGACAGAACAACCAGCGGCUGCAGGAGGAGUCCCAGAGUACGGUGGCCCGGCUCAUCAAGGUGACUGAGCUCCUGUGUAGCGUGAACAAGCCUUGCUAGCUUCUCCCACAGAGCCCCGCCGACAGCUCCACCAGCGCAUCGUGCAUCCCAAACCCCCCCAGCACCCACCCCGAAAGACUGUCAACCCCUUGACCCAUGUCCGCUAACCUCUCCUCUGAUUGGCUGGCUCUGCCUGACCACGGUAUGCACACCCACCUUCUUUCAAAAACGGACUCCAGUGUUGCAGGACUGAGGAACUCUACAACGGGGAUGCAUUUGUGUGCGAGUCUGCGUGUGUCUGCGUGUGUGUGCGCGUCUGUGUGUGCGUGUGUGCGCACGUGCAUGAAUGUAGGUAUAUUUCCCAACUUCAACUUUGUCAGCAAGUUGGGCUAAUUAGCAAAAUGCAGAGUUUGUAGCUUUUAUGUAUAUGGUGAGAGCAUUUAUUGGAUAGCAAUAUGUUUGGUGGUUAUUUUGAAAUGUAUAUCAGAUUAACUUAAAGUCUAUACAUUUUUUUUAUAUAUCUGCUUCCUACAACUGGAUCAAAAGUCCUCAGUAUAUCUCCUGCAUUAGCAAUAGAAUCACAUCUGGACACAGCUGUCUGAUUCCCCUUCGAGCGAUCGCUUCUGCUGCGGUAUUGAGGGGUUUCUGUUCCACUCUAUGCAAAUCUCCCCUGAGCUGAGUCUGACCUCCUGCCCGGAAUCCAGAGCAAAAGCACGUCGGACAGAUUAAAUUAUGUCGUUAGGACGUCCUCCGCUUCACGCCCCCCCUGAGAUGGUUUAGCACAUAAGCCCCUUUUUCCUUGCAUAUACCUUUAUAUAUCUGGCUGGUAAUUUUUUUUGUUUUCAAGGUCCAACAAAAAAAGGGACUGGACCUAAGCGUGUACCGGGUCUGUGUACUGAUGUCGCUCCCUGGAAGUCAGUGUGACGUUCUCACGGAUUCACUCAUAGACGCGGAAGGGUGUGUGCGAUGAGAAUGGCGGACGGCAUUUAGGAUUUUUGCAGCCACGACAGUAGAGAGAGAGUCUGCCUCCUGCAGGUCACAUCUGUGAACGGACAAAAAAUCACAAUAAGCAGACCCCAGACCACUUUCCAAGUCAAGUGGGCUUUACAGUGGCACAAAAUAGUGCACCCCCAGGACCACAGUACCACAUACAACAGCAAUGACAAGGGGAGAGUUUUCAUGCUACCUUAAGUUAUUGGUUUAAUCCCUUCUGGAAGGCUCUGGUCAUGCCGGUGACCAUUCCCAAGCUGGAAAGACCAUCUUCACAACGAACGGCGGCCAUAUUGGUUCUAACCUAACAAAUUAUGGCUCUGUCGCUAGCACACCACGCCCAACCAGACUACCGCGAGUGGUGAGAAGAAUGCGCUCACGGCAUCCUAGCCUGAGACCCAAGGUGGGUCAGAUCUGAAGAACCGAAGAGAAGGAAGGACUCGUUUUCCUUGGGGACUUUAAUGGGACUCGUUUAUGUGAUCAAGUGGGUAUAUAACUAAGUAGAUAACCAAGUCAGAGUUUAAAGGUUAAGCUCAAUUACCUCAUCAGGUGAGAGUUCAGCUUGAAGGUUCCCGUCUGCCUGACACGGCGUCUCCCCCCCCCCCCCCCCCUGGAUCUCCGCCGGCUGGCGAGGAAGACGUCACCUUACUGACCUCCGGAAUCAUGGCACCUUGAGAUCUGUGUUCCUCCCUUUGAUAGGAAUCCCCUGCUUUCUGCUGCCAGAUGAGCGAACGGGGGGGCAGUAAAAUACGGGCCACUCGAGAGACCGUCCUCGUCGUCACCUCGGGGAAGCACGGCCGAGAAUCGACAGGUCAGACCACCCCCCCAAACCCUCAAACCGCACGUACGGUGCCAUGGGGCCACGUGAGCCAAAAUUCAGGGCUUGGGUGCAGGAGACAGUGACAGGAACAACAUUAUUAAAUGAGAAUCUGCGAUUAAUAUAAUGAAAGGUUCCGGGCUUCAUUCUGCAGGCAGUGGAGAUGACUCUGUCAGAGUGGGAUGCACUGUUUAAACACUGGGGGGCGCACCAGGCUAUUUGACAUACUAUGAACAUAUGUGUUGUAAAUACUUUUCUCCCGUCCUCUGGUAAUUUAAAAUAUUAUUUUAUUGAUUCUUAUUUUAUAGUCACUGUGAUUACCUGGUACCAGCAGAUUACAAUAUAUUGAAAUUAAAUUCUAUAGUAUAUCUAUAUGUACAUACAAGAUCAUGAUGUAUACUGAUGCUCUUUGUUACUUGAUGUACACUGGAGCGUAUUCAUAGCAGAUUAUUUAUGUCGAUGGAAUUAAAUGUGCCCUAACUAGAUAUUUACCCUGAUAUCCUAUUAGUCGAAGCAACGCGUCCUAUAAAAUUAUCGUAAGUGGUCAGGAAGAUGUUUCUCUCCCCCAGCCCCGUGUCGAUACUUUGUGUGUGAAGUUGUUCUCAAGUGCAAAAGACACACCGGGAGACUUCUGAGGUCAGCUGUAAACGUGUGUUUGUGCAAAGAAGAGUUUUUUUCUUUCCCUAAAAUCAAAAAACAAACAUGGCAUAAGGAGGAGCGUUGGCAUGUAUUCUGCAUAUUUGGGCCUUCUUGUCGAUACUACAACAAUAUUUGGGAUGGUGUGUUGAAAAGUCCCCUUUUUUUAAGGAAGGUUGUACCUGUUCUCCCUUUGUGCUUAUUUGAGGUGUGUCAUCUGUUGCUGUUUAAGGGUCAAUAUGCCCCAAAUUGCACCUUAACGGAUUAAAGAUUUUAAAAUAACUUUCUGAAAUAACCUUGAAACUUGAAGACAGGAAUGGAUAACACUAAUUACACAGUAAAGACAAACACGUAUUUUUUUUCCCCUACGUCGUGCCUAAGUAACCAUGAAAUAAUAUUCAUAUUUUGCCACAGACAUUUUAUUUUAAGCCGGGCUUGUCGGAAUAGCUGCUCCUCACUGGCUGAACGUACGUGAAGAAAGUCAUGGUGUUGCUCCGGAUUAGCCUUGCCCUCCAGUUCACCCUCAGACCCAACUACCCCGGGAUUCAUCCGGACCGGCCGGCCGUACUCCUGAUCGUGCAGGUGCACCCAUGCUAGGAUCGAAGACGGCCCCUUCGCGAUGAUCACUCGACAGAUGCCCCGUGACGAGACAGUUCCCGCGUCCCAGCCCACAUGUAGCAUCACGACGCCAUUCCCGGUUUUUGCUGCAGCCUUCCAAGCGGUCAGGCAUUGGGAGUUCGGAUGCCGUGCGGACCAAUGAUUGCCAGCGCGACAUCCUGGUCUGGAAAACCACACAAUCUACAUCAGGUGCUAAUCUGAGAUUCUAAACUCCACGUUCGGAUUGCUUGUCACAGACUGGCCUCCACUCGCACUCUUGCUAUGGGUCUCGCAUACUGUACGUUUCCCUGUGUGCUUACCUUCCCUCACAACCCAUGAGAAGUCACCGGAAACACCAACUGCGUCAAAUUGGCUAAAAAAGACACAGGAGGAAUUUGGGCCAUACCUCAUGGUAAUAUCAGUCAGGCUUGUGAGGACGGACGCGUAUCUCUCUGGAUUGGCUGUCUGGGUCUCUCCGUAUUUGAGCGUAUACGAUAUCUGAGGUCGUGUGCAAGAGGCGCGACGAAUAUGUGAAGAAUGAUCGGUAAGGAACAGUAAAUCAAUGGAGACGUUUCGUAAGGUCUGGUCAAUCUGCCACAAAUGUUUGCAAAGGUACAGCAAAUCUGCAAAAAUAUUCAGUAAGACGGUGAAUUUUCGGUAAGGGACUGUGAAAUCUGUAAAGAAUAUUCGGUAAGAGAUGGUGAAUCUGGAAAAAAAAAACUUGGAUAAGGGACAACUAAUCUGUAAAUAAUAUUCGGUAAGGGAUAGUGAAUCUAUUAAAUAUUCAGUUAGAGACAGUGAAUCUGCGAAGAAUAUUCAGUAAGUGAAUGAAUCUGUAAAAAAUAUUCGGCAAGAGACUUGAGUGUAAAAACUAUUCGGUAAGAGGCAGCCAAUUUGCAAAGAAAAUUCGUUAAUAGACAAUGAAUCUGUAUAGAAUAUUCAGUGAGAAACAGUGAAUCUGCAAAGAAUAUUUGGUAAUAGACAAUGAAUCUGUAUAUCAAAUUCGGUAACAGCCAGUGAAUCUGUAUAGAAUAUUCUGUAAGAGACAGUGAAUCCGUGACUAAGGUUCAAUAUGCUACUCUGUAUAGUGUUUCUCUUUGUAAUUUAGUUGUACGGAGCUGCCCUUUAUUUUGUGUGCUCUCCGCUACUGCAGAUUGGUGUUGGUGUUCAUAUAGAACAGAGCUGAUUGUAUUUGGAUCAGGGAGAAAAGAUAAACCAACAAGCAGACGAAAGAGCGACAGUUUGUCCUACUUUCCUCUCCUUCGUUUACUCUCCAGUCGAUCAACUCUUGUACAUAUAUAAUGGAGGACGUCUGGCAAUAAAGACCUUGUCUGAACUAUGA